GCGAGUUUCUUUUAUCUACGCGACAUGACAGAGAAAAGUCUAUAUAACAUCACUUUGACUCUCCUUUUUUCCUUCUUAUUCUCAUAUACAACACCUCCUCCCACAUAUUUUCUCUUUCAUUUUGAUUUUUAGCUUUGAAAGAGCUAUAUAGUCAGAAUGGUAUCAUCUAUACAAUAUGCUUCUACUACUACUGCCUCUACAAUUACUACCUACUCUAAGGCAAUAUUGACACCAGACGUAUUGAAAGCCUUCGUUGUAAACAAUAAAUGGUCGAUCAGGCUCGCAACUUUGGCCAUGGCCCUUUACCUUGUGUACGAUAAGGUGACCAAGCCCCCAGCUAAACUUCGACAUAUUCCGCAUUUGCCGUUCUACACCUUUUUUACAGCCCAUUUACAGCAGAAAUCAACCGCUGAAGUUGCGGAGGAAAUCACACUUCCUGCCGCUGUAGCAUCGCCCCAUGGGCUCUAUCUUCGCUGUGACACUCUUGGUUGGUCAGUACGAGCCAACCGUCCGGAGAUUAUCAAAGUUUUAUGGAUGAACAAAGACCUGUUUCCAAAAGCGGAUAUUUCAAGAGAGAGCCGUAAGGGAACACUGCUUAGCCGUACAUUGAUGGGACCGAAUGUGGGAUUUAGUACAGGUGAACAGUGGAAGAAACAAAGACAGGUAUUGAACCCAGCAUUUGCCCGAUCAAUGCCGGUCAAGUCAUUAGGUCAAAUAUCCCAGACAAUGAUCAGUGUCAUGGAAGCACAAAUAGGAGCCGAUGGGAAUGAAUUGGUCGAUAUAUACGACUAUUCACAUCGAUGGGCUUUGGACGCACUUUGCGUAACCUUACUUGGGUUCGAAUUCAAGGCUCUGGAAGACCUAAAUAACCCUUGGAUGACAAGAUACAAAUUUAUUUUAUCUGUUGGUUCGAAACCACACUACUUUGUGUUUCCGUUCCUGGAGCAAUAUUGCUGCUUUCUUUUUCCCGACCUCCAAAAGGCACACGACGAAGUCACGAUUUUUCAAAACAUGUUGCGGAACAUUGUCGAUCAAAAGCGGCAGGCAUUGUUGCGUAACAAAGAUACGUUUAAAACGUCGUCGAAAGCCGAGGAGCAAGAAAAGGAUAUUGUGACAUUGAUGGUUGAAGCGGAAAUGGAAGGACAGGGUAGACUCACAGAUGAAGAGCUACAGAGUAAUUUCAGUCUUUUUUUCAUGGUUGGCCACGAGAGUACGGCAAGUACUGUAUCUCUCGCUAUGUAUUACUUUGCUAAACAUCAGGAUGUGCAACAACGCGCUCGAGAGGAAGCUAUUCGUACUUUUGGUGAUGGAUUCGACAUUCUUCCAACUCUCGAGCAAACACGUGAGCUAAACUAUUUGAACAUGGUGAUCAAAGAAACCCUACGCAUAACGCCCCCAGCAGUAAGUACAGUAGCUCGCAUAGCCACACAAGAUACCGAACUGUCCGGUGUAUUUAUCCCAAAGGGCACCCGAGUUGCAGUAGACGUGUAUGAGCUACAUAGAAACCCGCAGGUGUGGAAGAACCCCGAUGUGUUUGACCCUGAGCGAUUUGCUCCGGGUGGCGAAGCAGAAGAACUAAACACAAGGGGCUUACCGUGGGUCCCGUUCUCUAGUGGUUCACGUCAAUGUAUCGGCAUGAAUUUUAGUAUGGUUGAGCUACGCAUUCUUCUUCCUAUGCUGCUACGCAAGUUCGAAUGGAGUGUACCUGAAACUUCGAUCCAUAAGGAUAAGCUUGUCAUCGAAGGCCUGGGGGUUGUUAGACCAAAGAACCUCAUGUUGUCGUUCAAAAAGCGUUACUAAAGAAAGAAGAUAGGAUCCGAGAUACAGCAAAGUUCAUUCUGCUCCUCUACUUGGUUGGGUAUUCAAUGAUAGCUGUUUCAGCCUCUAUACUUUCGUUGGACCUUCACCGACACUGCUAUUACCUUUCAUUGUAAAAUAUAAUAGUAACUAAAAUCUAAAGAGUAGUAGUAACCUUCAAAAAGCACAUAGUUAAUAUUCAGGUCACUUUGCAUGAAUUGCUGUCAUCUCAUGAUCGUGACAAUAAAUCUGGAACGUCUCUAUAUACUAAGCAGCUUACUGGAUUUAUUUUGUCGUUCUUCC